GUGAAAUAAUUAUAAGCACCAUUUUGACUUCCUGUCAUUGUAAAUUUUCAAUGCUUCCUGGAUUUGAAUUGAUAAACGCAAUAUUAAUAUGUGUUUACGUUGUUAUACAUUGCAAAUUGUAGGAUUAUUUUUCAUAUUUUCUUGUUCCAAUAUUAAAAGUACAAAGAUCUGCAUCUUGAACAGAACUGUGACGGAUUCUACUUUCUGUUGUGCUAAUUUUUACAAAGACGAAAAAGGGAAUUGUAGCUUAUGUUCACCGGGAUACUAUGGGGAUACAUGUGAAAAAAUUUGUCCACGUGGUACAUUUGGUCAAGAUUGUGGUGGACAGUGUAGGUGUUCCCCCGAGGAUUGUGACCACGUGACAGGAUGUCCACAGUUAAGCCAAGAUGUAACCACACAGACAAUCACAGAACAUCAAGAGAAUAAAACAACCACAAGCUUAAUAUUUGGACUACCUGUCUCUAAAAUAAAGGAUGGCAACCCAUCAGUAAUAUCACCAACAAUAAAACCUCAUGUAUCAACAUUUACCAGCACAAAUCUGUACUCUUCUAAGAUUCAAACAACUUCAUCUACUUCUGAUAUUACCAAUCUGUACUCUUCUAAGAUUCAAACAACUUCAUCUACUUCUGAUAUUACCAAGGCGGGGGAGUUUAACAGUAAUUAUUUACUAUCUGGUGUCGGAUUGCUGUUAGCUAUUUUAUUAAUUGUAAUCAUUUUCCAACUCCGUUUGAGAUCAAAAUCUUCGCAAAAAAAGAUAUCAAGAAGAGAAAAGAAAAGUGACACCGAAAGAAAUGUAUCCAAUGAUUCUGAAAGUAUGCCACGUGAGAGUGAUAAAAAGCAAUACAGCAGGUUAGAACAGGAUAAGGACAGCCGCCAUGUCUAUCAGAAGGCUGAGUCUGAGUAUCAGGAAAUUGAUCAAUGUUUAGAAAUGUUGGAGGUUUCAUCCAGACCAAAAGAGGGUUCUUUAUCAAAAGAGGAGUCUUCGGGAGAAAGUAGUUAUUUGGAAAAUUAUUUAGAACCUGUUAUUUCAAAAGUAGAUAUAGUGAACAGCAAUGACAGACAACGACAUUCUUACAUAGAACUUUUGGAUUCAGACAAAAUCAUAGUGAAUGAAAACGUAAUUGAUGGACGUAUUGAAAAUACUAGUAAUUCAUCGUCCUCAUACGAUGAUGUAAUGACUGAAUGUUCAACAGUUGCAACGGCUAAUGGAAAUAAUGAUACGUAUCUUGAUGUUCAAUUUUGAUGAGAAGUCAAACAGGAAAUAAGAUAAACUCAAUUUGUAACUUUCUCUAAACUGUCUGUAAAAUCAACUCAUCAACUUGUGCUAUAAGGUUUUUUGAUUACAUAUUUGAUGCUUAUUCGCUAUUGUUGCUUUUUUUUAUCCAAGGUGCUCUUGAAAUACUAAGAUAAACUAUGGAUACUUGUAG